UUCAGUUUUAAAAUUUGCAUUCAAUUAUAUGAACAAAUUUUUAGGAAUAUUUUUUUUUCAAUUUUAGAUGCAAAUUGAUUUGUGUACACAAAAUGUCGAACGACAAAGCGGUUAAUGAAGUACAAAAACUACUUGAUGCAUGGAAUCCAAUGAAGGAUGAUUAUACAAAUUCUCGGUUCAAUAAUUAUAGUAGCGGUCCUGGCGCUUAUUUAGAUCCGGCUUUACAGCCAUCCGAACAAGCUAAAAGAGGUGGAAAACAACCAGCUUAUGCGAAGGAGGCGAAUGGCGAUACCGCUACAAAAUAUGUACCCUAUUUAGUGCUUAAGCAUUUGCCUGAAGGCAUUACUAAGAAUGCAAUUUACAAUAUUUGUACUCGGUAUGGUCGUGUAAGUGAUGUGCGUGAUAGCAAGAAAAAUGAUUACUUCUUUAUUGAUUUCCCGACAGUAGCUGAAAUGGAAGCAGUUUAUCGAGCUUUAGUAAAAAAUCAGUAUGGAUUUCAUGUGCUUGUUGGCAAACAAAAAAAUAAACAGCAAACAGAACCUAUACCCUCUGAUAAUGAAGAGAAUGUGGAACCAGCAAAUUUGGAUAGGAAUGCAAUUGAUUUUGAAAACAGAAAUUACCGCUCAUCUGAUAAACAUUUACCAAGACCACAUUUCAAGCACACACCUUUUGUAAAUUCAGCAGCUUAUGACUCCAAAGAUUCGUUUUUGCGGCGUAAUGAUCCGCAACGUCAUUUUCUAAUUACUGAAGAUGCACAUGACCUCGAAAGGGCAGGGAUUACGGAUAAUACCACAAAAAUCGAUAUAGACUCUUCAAAAUACAAAUAUCAUACCGGCCGAGCAUAUAUUGAAAUGCCCGAGAAAUCCAGGAAGUUCAUCGAUGAAAAAUCCCUCCAAUCUUUGGGCACCUAUGACCCAGUCCGUGAAAUAUACGAAAAUAAUCAUAAGAGCAGACAGACCAACAGACCUAUAAACAUUGGACAAUGCGAAAAUUGUAACCGUCCAUGUGAUAUAGUUUGUGCGCGAUGCAGAGAAUUUUUUUGUGGUUUAGAAUGUCAGCGCAAGGCAUGGCCCAAACAUCGACAAACUUGUGGCAAGGAGAAAUUAAAUGAUUUAAAACCAAAAAAAGAGGAACAAACCAAUAUAUCAACAUCAGUUAAUAAUCAAAAGGAGAGCUCGCCAAAAACUGCGUCAUCUUCGGUUGCUCUUUUAUCGCCACUUAAUCAGGAAGAAUCUUCUGAAGCACUGUCAAAAAAUAAUCUACGCAAUGGAAAUUUGGUUACACUUACCGCUAUAAGCAAAACAAAUAUAGUAUUUAUAAGAUCAAAAGCUGAUGAAGAUAAUUUCGCGUUCUUCAAACUUAUCAAUGAGGUACAAAGUGCUGGAAAGAGUUUGAAAAAACUAACAAAGCCACCAAUUUGCGGGCAAAUUGUAAUCGCCAAUUUCAAGAAUCAGUUUCAUCGUGCUAUGAUACUCAAUAGUGACAAUGAGCAGUGCAUAAAGAUAGUUUACAUGGAUUAUGGCAAUUUGGAUGCACGAAAACUUGAAGAUUUAUAUGAAGCGCCUCCUCAACUCGUUAAUGUACGACGUUUCGUCGAACCGGUCAUUUUAAAGGAUGUACCUGAAAUGUAUAUGACCGAUGAAAUACGAAAAUUUAUGUAUUCCUAUUUGAAUGGUAUUGAUUUAGUACUUAAGUUUGACGAAAAAAGUGACUUGAUAAGCGACAAGGGUAUUUAUAAGGUGGAACUGAUUGAUGAGACCACGAAUCAAAAUUUCAAUAAGAUGGUUAUCAAACUCUGCAAACCAAUUGAACCAUUGGAUACAGAUGAAGCCUUUUACGCUAAUUACUUACCACAAAAACAGUUACCUGAAGGUGACAACAUUGAACUGGUCGUUAUGGAUAAUUCACUCCUCUGUACGGGUUGUAUAUCUUGCACUACGAAGGAUUGGGCUAUCGAAGUUGAGAAAUUUCAAAAAGAUCUACAGGUGUAUGCAUCUUCAUUGAAGGAGCAGUGCUACACUCCACGUAUUGAUGAACUUUGCAUUGCCAAAUAUAAGCUUGAUGGGAAGUGGUAUCGUGGGCGUUGUCUGGAAAUUGUCGGUGAUGGAUAUCCAAGCAUUAUAUUCCUUGACUAUGGAAAUAUUAGUAUGAUACACGUCAAUGACAUCAGACGCUAUCCAGCGCAAUUUACUUUUCCAAUUUACACGUCUGAUUGCGAAAUUAAAGGUUUACCAGAACAAUGUGAAACAAAGUUGGUGCAGAAAUUGGAAGAGCUUAUUCCUAAUGGCAGUACAAUUAUAUGUGACAGUGUUACAAUUUACAAAGAAGACAACUUUCAUGCUAUAACAUUAAGAAAACUGAUUACAAAUCUUAAAACUGAGGGUCUUAUAAAAGAAGAAAAUUAAAUAGAAUAAAAAGCAUAAUAUUGUAUUAAAACAUAUGUA